AUGGACGCAAGAACAGGAGCUGCAGCCGCCAACACGAACAUUUUCGAACCCCUUUCCGAUUUCGUGCAAGAGGCAGAAUGCGACACUCUCCUCGUGUAUCUUCCUGGCUUCACAAAAGAGCAAUUGAGAGUGCAGCUAACAAAAUCAGGGCUCCUGAAAAUCAGCGGCACUCGGCCUACUGGCGAAAACAAGUGGAGCAGCUUUCAGAAGGAUUUUCCGGUCUCGGCAAAUUGCGACACCACAAAAAUCACUGCCAAAUUCGAAGACGGCAUACUCUACGUGAGGCAGCCGAAGCUCAUUGUCCCAGCCAAUAAUAACAAAGAGGACAAAAAAGAUUCACCCUCAAAAGCCCCACACGAGCCACCACCGGCUCCAAAACCCGAUCAAGAACAAGCUCCCAAACAGAAAGAACCAGCCGAGGACAAAGAAGCAAAACCCACAAAAGACGUGCCGGAAAGUAGCAAGAAAACAGACGAAAGAAUUAGCAACGACCAAAAUCAAGAAAACGUGUCGGGAAAAAAUGAAACUAGUUACGUUACAGGUAAAGCUAAAUUGGACGAUUAUAAGGUUGAAGCAGAAAGUCCGGCGUAUAGAUUGAAGAUGGCGAGGCAGAAGGUCACGGUGGCCGUGGCAUUGCUCUUAGCUUUCGCGCUCGGCAUGUACAUUAGCAAUUUGCUGUCUGUGUUUUUCAGAAAAACAGAGGACUGA